CCUAGUUUCACCAUAAUCCUUGUGCUCGCAUCAGAUGUUUGAUCUGUCAAUACGUCUUGGAGGCUCUUCUUGUUGGUGAUAACAAAUUUGGAAAUAUCGUCAUCCUUAAGUUUCUUAGCAGCAAGCACCUCUUCGAUUUUCCCGCUAGAUGUCUCAGAUAUCAAGUUGAUGGAUGGUGGUCAUCAGAACUGGGGUACGUUGAGGUGUAUUGAGAAACCGUCGCAACACCUUGCGUUGUUUAUCCGACUUUGAGGUUGGGUCUUGGAGAACACACUUUGUAAACUAAUAAAAUUAAUAGUUUGGUAUCGUUGAUAGCUAUGAGUUGUGUUCGCUGUUGCCUAGUGAGUGCUGGUCGCUUAGUAUCCUCCAAUCAUGUCACUAAUCAUGUACAUAAAAUUGUGAGGGUUGUGGCUACUCGAUCAUUGGUAACUACAUGUGCAUUGGGGAAAGCACCAACUGAACCUACUCCGCCUAACAAGGAUGCAGGUGUUAAUAAUACUACCGCUACUAGUUCACCUGGCAGCGGUGGUGGAGGAGGGAAAAAGAAUACACUCACCUGUCCAAAAUGUGGAGAUCCUUGUACUCAUGUAGAAACAUUUGUUUCAUCUACAAGGUUUGUCAAGUGUGAGAAGUGUCAUCAUUUCUUUGUGGUACUGUCAGAAAUUGAUUCUAAAAGAAGCCUGAAGGAAGCUCUAAGGCCGGAAGAAACUAAACAAGGCUUUUACAGAAAACCUCCUCCUCCACCCAAAAAGAUUUUCGAAUACCUAAAUAAACACGUAAUUGGUCAAGAAUAUGCGAAGAAGGUUCUCAGCGUGGCUGUAUAUAACCACUAUAAGCGGAUUUACAACAAUUUACCAGUGCAGAAUACAGUACAAGCGAACGCAACACCGGUUAACGCGCAAGAGUCAAAUCAUCCCUUCACUCACAGAGGUCUCAAAUCACAUCUACUACACAUAUCCAGUAUAGGAAAUUCCCUGGGAGUGGGAUUGCAGCAUGUGCCUCCUGGAAGUGAUCAGCAACAAAAAUUAGGUCAAGGUCAAUCAGUCCCAGGAUCCGAUAUCUUAGAUAGCAAGCAACAUCAACUUAAAUUGGAGAAGAGUAACAUCCUCCUUCUGGGACCAACCGGUUCCGGAAAAACAUUACUGGCCCAAACAAUAGCUCAAUGCUUAGACGUUCCGUUCGCAAUUUGUGACUGUACUACCCUGACCCAGGCAGGGUACGUCGGAGAGGACAUAGAAAGUGUUAUAGCAAAACUUCUUCAAGAUGCCAACUACGUAGUGGACAGAGCUCAGAUGGGUAUCGUUUUUCUGGACGAAGUAGACAAAAUUGGGGCUGUCCCAGGUAUUCACCAACUGAGGGACGUAGGUGGCGAAGGUGUUCAGCAAGGGAUGCUGAAGAUGUUGGAAGGAACUAUAGUGAAUGUGCCGGAAAGGAACAGUUCAAGGAAAUUACGUGGAGACACUCUACAAGUCGACACUACUAACAUCUUGUUCGUAGCUUCCGGUGCCUAUAAUGGACUAGACAGGCUAGUGUCCCGACGUAAAAAUGAAAAGUAUUUGGGAUUCGGUGCAACACCUGCCUCUGAAAGUCCUGGCAGAAGAGCUGCGAGUCUUGCUGACGUAGCCAACAUGUCACCAUCUACUGAGGAUGACAAUAAGGAAAAGGAUAUUCUUCUUCGACAAGUCGAAGCUAGAGAUCUCAUAGACUUUGGUAUGAUACCUGAAUUUGUUGGUCGAUUUCCGGUUCUGGUUCCUUUUCAUACCCUCGACAGAGACAUGCUCGUUAGGAUUCUGACAGAACCAAAGAAUGCUAUGGUUCCUCAGUACCAGAUGUUGUUCUCGAUGGACAAGGUGGAACUGACAUUCACGGCAGAAGCACUGAACGCAAUAGCUUCAUUGGCUAUGGAAAGAAAAACUGGUGCAAGAGGUUUGAGGGCCAUAAUGGAGUCUCUCUUGCUGGACCCCAUGUUCGACGUCCCGGGAAGUGACGUCUUGUCCGUUCAUGUGACGGACUCUUGCGUACGUGGCGAGGAAAAACCUCAGUAUGUACGAAGAGCCGAAAGUAACGAGGAUGAACUACAGCAGGCGCAACACGUGCUUAACUGAUAUAAAACAAAUUAAGUGGGCUAGUGUUUUUUUGCACUAUACUUGUGAUGGGAGAAAUUACACUGGAAUAGCUCGUGGUAAAAAAAAAAAAACAGAAAAAUAUAACGAAAAUAUGUGAUGAGAGCCCCCUUUCACGCGUUUAGAAACUGAAAUUGCAGUGUGUCGAACGAUUUUACUUUAGUUAACUUUCGAGAAAUUUUUGAUAACAUAUAAAGUAAAAUUUGUCAGAAUUUAAUUCUCCCGUCAGAUAUAUUGCACGUUUUCUUUUUUCUCGAUACAACUCAGCGUACUAAACCCUUAAUCUUAAUUAGAACAAGACGUUAAAUAAAAUUUACAAAGUUACUUCGUUGCGAGGUUACGUAAUCUCAAGAUGCAACUAAGAUGGUAAAUUAUUUUUACUUGAACUUCUAGAUAGAUAAAGGUUCUAUGUAUUAUAUUGUAUAUAGCAAUAGAUUAGCGGAAUACGGGAAAAGUAGUGAGCCACCACGGACGUAGUUGGAAAAAAUACUAGCAAAUUGAUUUAAUCAAAGGACAUUGGUGUGGUGAUUAUGGUGGAGAAUUUCUGCAUUGAUAAUGAGCAAACGUGCAUGUGCAUUUGUUUCCUUGUAAAGCUAAAGUCCGGAUGGGUCUCCAACUUUACUACUUCGUAAAUAUGUCGCUCUGAAUAAAAAAUAUUCUGUCCAAGGAAACUAUUUACAGACAGUGCAGUCGUGAUAUUUAAAUUGGACGGGGUACAAAUUUAAAUUUUA